AAAGACCUAAAAUUCCAUGGUAUAAAUACAAACUACUUCAUCUUCAAUCUCUCAAGAUUCCAGCCUUCUUGUUCUUUCUGCAACUCAGCAUCGUCACUCAACUCUUAGCACUAAACCAAACCAUUGAUAAUUCACAUGGACAAGAAUGAAGGAAAAAUUGAAGUUCUUCGAGUUGAAGAACAAGAAGACCAGGAUCAAGUAGUGAACCCAUGGCAGGUCUCUUCAAAAGGAAAAAUUGAUUACGACAAACUCAUCGACCAGUUCGGCUGCCAAAGGCUCGACACCUCACUCAUUGACCGUGUCCAACGCCUCACCGGCCGGCCGCCCCACGUGUUCCUCCGUCGCGGCGUUUUUUUUGCCCACCGGGAUUUUGGUGAGAUAUUAGAUGCAUAUGAAAGAGGGGAGAAGUUUUAUUUGUAUACUGGACGUGGCCCCUCAUCGGAAGCUUUGCAUUUGGGGCAUUUGGUUCCUUUUAUGUUUACAAAAUAUUUGCAAGAUGCCUUUAAAGUUCCUCUUGUUAUACAACUUACGGAUGAUGAAAAGUGCAUGUGGAAAAAUCUUUCUAUUGAGGAGAGCCAAAGACUUGCCCGGGAGAAUGCAAAAGACAUUAUUGCUUGUGGUUUUGACAUAACAAAAACCUUCAUUUUCUCAGAUUUUGAUUAUGUUGGUGGUGCCUUCUACAAAAACAUGGUGAAGGUUGCCAAGUGUGUCACAUAUAAUAAAGUUGUUGGCAUAUUUGGUUUCACCGGUGAAGAUCAUAUUGGAAAAGUUAGCUUUCCGCCAGUGCAGGCAGUUCCAUCAUUUCCCAGUUCUUUCCCACACCUUUUCUCAGGCAAAGAUCACCUUCGUUGCUUAAUUCCUUGUGCCAUUGACCAGGAUCCUUACUUCAGAAUGACAAGAGAUGUCGCCCCUCGAAUAGGAUAUCACAAGCCGGCAUUGAUCGAGUCAUUGUUCUUCCCUGCCUUGCAGGGGGAAACAGGAAAGAUGUCAGCUUCUGAUACUAGUUCUGCAAUUUAUGUUACUGAUUCUGGGAAGGUCAUCAAGGACAAGGUAAACAAGUAUGCAUUCUCUGGUGGACGAGAAACUAUCGAGCUACACAGGAAACUUGGGGCAAAUCUUGAGGUUGAUAUACCAGUAAAAUAUCUAAGCUUUUUCCUAGACGAUGAUGCGGAACUUGAACGCAUUAAAAAGGAAUAUGGUGCUGGUCGCAUGCUGACUGGGGAAGUUAAGCAAAUCCUUACUCGAGUUUUAACUGAAAUGGUUGAAAGACAUCAGAGGGCUCGUGCCGCUGUAACUGAUGAGAUGGUCGAUGCUUUCAUGGCAGUGAGACCCCUUCCCCAUAUGUUCAACUAGAGUUGAGAUGAACUUUGUAUGUUCUCAAUGAAGAAUUUGGCUCCUUCUUCUAACACACAUUCCAUUCAUCUCUCAACUUGAAGUAUGCUUGAGAGAACAGUCAAAUUGCUGCAAUACUGUUUUUUCUCAUUCUCUUUCCUUUUUGUGUGUUUUUUCAUCUAGGUUACAUUGUCAACUUAUGCCAAAUUGCAUAUGACUAAUUCUUGUAAUUUCAUUAACAAAUUUUGAUUUUCUUUUGCCAUAAGGUUUCGUUUUGUUAUGUUUUGCACUUA